CCGUUUCAUUCUGAAAGGGACCAGCGGAUCGUGCCCUUUGUCCUUUGGAGGUUUGCUACACAAGGCACGGACCCUAAACAAUGGGCGUUACGUGCAGGCAGCGACGCGUUCUAGCCCAGUCAAUCAAAGCCACACACCCACCACCUCAGCUCCCGCAGGCCGGCUCAGUCCUGGCGCUCGGGCGGGAUUGGAAUAUCACACAUGGACUCCCCUCAGUUAAAGCCCUCUGAAGUCGCUGCUCAUGGCGAACGCGGAGACUCGGAAGAGAGCCCGCGCAGACGACGUGGUCCCCGAAGAGCACCGUCCGAACAAGAGGAUUAAGUCGGAAGGUAAACAUUACGAGCCGUCGAACUUCCCACCCGAAUUCUGGGACAACCUGUCCAAGGUUCCGCUCACGCGUCGCGCACUGCGUGAACUCGACCGGCGGAACAGCGCUCGGCCUGCGCCAGGGCCCGCCGCACCUGCAGUGUACACCGCACAUCUUGCCCGGUUCGCGAGACACGGCGGCCCAGAUCUUCGCCAUCUUAGAGGGUGCCCCCAACCGAAAGGCGCCGUAUGUACCAUGGCUUCUAGCCGCUCCACUUCAAGCCGACGGACCAAGUCGACAAAAUCGGCGAAGGCGACGGAUGUCUCUUCUAAUACCAAGCCGACGUCAGCGUACGAUGACGCCUUCGAACAGCAUAUGAUCGACAACUCCAUUUAUCCUCCGUUUUACGACUUUCCCGACAACCGUCCGACUCUGAAACCGAACAAUCUUAGCGAGGAUCGUCGAGUCCUUUCAACAAGCAGACCGUCCCUUUCCCCGUCGCACUUUACGGAGACCGCAUUUGAGGACUUCCAACGGAAGAACAGGACUGCGUCUGAAAGCACCGUAAAGCGCAAUGUAAUCCCGAUUAUUACCGGCAACUCCGACAUUCCGAAUAAGGGAGACCUCUAUUUUAUCAAUAUCGAGCCGAUGACCGGAGGACCCAUUGUCAAAGCUAUGCCCGAUUUCUUCGACGGAGCUCGGGCGGGAGACAUCCAUAACAAGAUCAGAAAUGCUGACGAGAAGGGCAACCUGAACAAGCUGAUCAUCCCUACAAAGCACGCGAGUGCUCCAGUGGCACCGAACUUCUUCCUUGAGAGUAAGGCUCACGGGGGCGGCGCCGUUGCGCUGCGACAGGCAUUGCACGACGGCGCGAUCGGCGCCCGCGCGAUGCACGCGCUGCAGAACUACGGCGCGGAGGAGCCCGCCUUCGACGGCAAUGCGUACACCUACAGCUCGACCUACCACGCCGGCACGGGCACGCUCAAGCUGUACGCGCACCACGCCACGCCGCCGAUCGCGCCGGGCGGGCGGCCCGAGUACCACAUGACUCAAGUUGAUGGCUGGGAUUUGACGGGAAACAUCGACACUUUUCGGCGAGGAGUCACUGCCUUCCGGAAUGCGAGGGAUUUGGCCCAAAGGCACCGCAACAGCCUCAUCCAGACGGCGAAUACAAGGGCGCGCCAGUCCAAUGCCGAGCCGCCGCCCGAAGCAGAAAUCACGGUUGCCGAGCAAUCUAAAGAGUUGGCUAGUGACAACUUUGUGGAUUGUGAGGAAUAUGCCGGAUCACAAGCCAUCGGCACCGAGAACUACGCUAUAGCCAAGGACGUCGAGGAGGUGCCGGCUCGUCCCCAGUACCUUUAUGCAGAGGACGAAGAGCCUAGCCAGGAGUCUACAACCCUUGGUGAGCCGACUAUAAGCUUCGCUACGAGCUUUACGUCGAGCUUUACCGCACAGAGCCAAACCAGUUCGAAGCGGAACAGAGCUUCUAACAGUCCCCCGUCGAAUUCCCGGCCACGCAAGAAGCACGACCCGGCCAAGAAGCAGGACUCGGCCAAGUAUUAGACCCCGGGAUGCCGUAAAGCAAGAGUAUAGAGGAGGCACUAUCUUCCUUCUAUUUUAGAAAGACGGGUUCCGAGAGAAGCUAUUGGCCGGUUCCCUCGAGUACACCUUCCUUUACUUGUUCGUAGUAUUAGAGGUAUAGCUCGGCAAAUAGCCAGUACAGGACCUCGGUUCUCUUCUUUGCUAGGAGCCGUUAGCCGAGCG